AUGUCUUCGAGGCCCGGUUCACAUCGUCGCGCAACCGCAUCACAGUCUUCCAUUUCGUCUCCACUCGCGCAAGCUCCAAAAUUCUCUCUGCCGACUUCCACAUCAAGACCCGCCUCGCCCACUCGAAAACCACUACAUGAGCGCUCAAACUCGCAGAGCAAUCGAGCGGCGGCCCCAACCAUUCGCAUAGUCGGUGACAACGAAGUGUACUCCAAAUUUCCAAUACCUAGCGAACCCUCGCAGAUACUGCCCCCUCCCCGUCAUGCGCCGGGGUACGCGUUUGAGCAGCCGGCAUCUCGUGUUUCAAGUAGCAGUAAGGUCGCCAAUGCCAUUGCAAAGUUCGAGGCCACCAAAUCCCUCGAGCCCCAGACACCCCUACCACAACGCAAGAAAGCCUCAAGACAUUCGGCGUCGACUAGCAACUCGGAGGCUGAUACCCUUGUCGCAUCCUCCUUCACGCCCCCCUCAUUCCGCUUCUCUCGUGAGAGGUUUUCCCAAGCGAGCACGAGCACACUCCCUUCAUCUCCUCCACCUGAAUUAAGCGACUUUGAGAAGGGCCUGGAGGUACUUCAAGAAGAAGACUCUUCUGCUCCUCCAAAGCCCACUAUUCGUGCAGUGCCGCCUUCAUUGUCAGGUGGAGAGUCAGUUGCCAGUCGUACACGCGCAUCAUCACAAGCGGCAUCUGACGCAUCGUUUGCCUCAAGCACUCCUCUUGCCUCGCCAACCCGAUUCAGUAAUGACGGUGACUCGACGCCUGUCAGUCGACCGUUAUCGCAAGGCCACAGACAAACCCCAUCUUCUGGAUCCGAAACAGGGGAGCCUGCGUACUCUAGUGACAUUCACCAUCGACAACCUGUAUACAAGCCGUCCGUCGAGUCGUUUGCAUUUUCUGAUAUUUCAUCUACUAGCAUCGAACCAUCGCUAUCGACCAUUACCGCAUCACCAUCUCUUCAUGAAGCACAGACGGCUACCUUUACUAGUGGAGUCCGAUUCAACAAUUCCGUGAUCAGCUCACCGUCAAGCACCAACUUGCUAGCCGAUCAGAACACACCCGAUAUCAUUCCCCGAAUGACCGAUCGCGGAUAUGGACACCAAUGGAGCUCUACGCUUUCCACGAUACCCUCCCUGUCCGAGCGUGACUCGCGAUCCAUUGCAAGAGCCUCGCGGUCGUUUGGCGCAAGAUCGCAGUCCCAAGACAGCAUUGCUGGGAACGGUCGGACUGUUGUCAUGCGGAGAAGGGGUCAGACGGUUGGAAGCACAAACACAUCUUCAGAUUACGUCUCCUCGGACAGCUCGGAGUUUUCGCCAGUUCCCCUGCCGUUGUUCUCGCCCACAUCUCCAAUGCAUCGUCACCCUAGUGAAGAGAAGGAUUACAACAAUGAGCAUCUCGACACCAUCUCCCCAUUGCCACCGUCCGCUCCGCUCCGGAUGAAGACAUCGGGAUAUUUGCGAAGACAAAACAGUGACGCUGGGUCUACGAGCUCGUCCCGGCCAGGCUCGUCGCAAUCUGAUAUGUCGGGUUUCAUUGCCAACAACAUUCCAGCGUGGGCAAAGGCAUACUACCAACGAGGAGAACGAAUUUCCAUAGCUGGUCCCGAAUCUGAGUCUUCAGGCAGCAUACGAUUAGGGACAUCGCACAGCGGGCGGACGCGUACGCCUUCGGAAAGCAACUUUGCAUCAAAUAUCCAUCGACCACGCAACCGACCCCGCGAUCGAAGUUCACGGACUGACUCCGUGUCUUUUCCCGAGGACGCGCAGCCCAUGGAAGGGGAUUACUAUGUCCUCGGACCAGAUGGCCAAUUGACACGCUUGAGCCGCUUUUCGACACCGCACUUGCGAUCAGAUAACAGAGGCCAGCUUUAUAGCAUGUGGAAAGCUCCCUCCCUCGAUGCCGAUCUGGGGAAAACACUCUUCAGUCGUCAAAACAGGCAGAUACUAUUCUUCUGCCUAGGAUUUAUCUUUCCUCUGGCGUGGAUUAUCGCAGCUUUCUUGCCUCUACCUGUCGAUCCCGCUCUGGUAGACAUGCCCAGUCAAUUGGACCUCGAGCAACAGUUCGCCCAGCAAUUCAGGCAUGUUGACGAUAAGGCUUUCCAGAAGGCGAGGUGGUGGCGCAAUCUCAACCGUGUCAUGUCUGGUGUUGGGACGCUCCUCAUUGGAGUGAUCGUGAGUUCAUGUCUAAUGCUUGAGCCGGUGUUCUUCUCUAACAAGAUGCAGAUCGCAUUGGCAAUCCUCAUUACCCGAAUGAAUUAG